AUGUCAACAACAGGACCACUCAACGAUGAAGAAGUUUUUAACGAGAUGAAGAAAAUGGUUGCCUUCAUCAAACAAGAAGCUAUCGAAAAGGCUCGUGAAAUAAAAGUGAAGGCUGACGAAGAAUUCAACAUUGAAAAGGCCAAGAUUGUUCGUCAAGAGUCCUUGAAUAUUGACGCUGUCUUUGAGCGAAAGAUUAAACAAGCCGAAGUUCAAAAGCGAAUUGCUCAGUCAAAUCACAUCAAUAAAACUCGUCUCAAGAUUCUUCAAGAACGUCAACAAGUGCUUGAUGAAGUGUUUGAAGAAGCCAAUCAGCGUAUUCAUCAAGUAUCUGAUGAUCAAGAGACCUAUGCUGCUUUGCUCGAAGGGCUCGUCCUUCAAAGUGCUUAUGCUCUUAUGGAACCCGAGAUGGUCAUUCGUUGUCGUGAAAAAGAUGUUGAUGCUGUCAACGGUGUCCUCGAGGCUGUUGCUGAUAAAUAUGAAGAAACCAUGAAGCACAGACCUACGUUCACUAUCAGUGAAGAAUAUCUUCCCGAAUCAAGUGCUGGUGGUGUUAUUAUGAGCGGCCACUAUGGAAAGAUUACAGUCAAUAAUACCCUUGACGCCCGUUUGGACAUUGUCAAAGAUGAAAUGUUGCCUCAAAUUCGUGUUGCCUUAUUCGGACACUCUCCCAACAGAUCCUUCUUUGAUUAA